AUGUAUAAUAAUGUCAGGCCGCAACCAGGGGUGCCUCAAUUUUAUUCUCAACCUCCAACAAGCUCACAACCUAAUGUGUUAGGAAAUGCAUUUAAUGCUGCCGGUUCUGGACUCAUUCGAGGUGGAUUGGGUGCAUAUGGAGAAAAAAUAUUCGGAUCAAGCUCUGAGUACGUCCAAAGCAAUAUAAGUCGGUAUUUCUCUGACCCCCAAUAUUACUUCCAAGUGAAUGACCACUAUGUUAAGAACAAAUUAAAGGUGGUUUUGUUUCCAUUCCUGCACCGGGGUCAUUGGACUAGAAUUACUGAACCAGUGGGAGGUAGACUCUCUUAUAAACCUCCGGUUCAUGACAUAAAUGCACCCGACCUGUACAUUCCGUUGAUGGCAUUUGGUACCUAUGUUGUUCUUGCUGGCAUUUCACUCGGUCUUCGUGGAAAGUUUAGUCCAGAAGCAUUAAACUGGUUAUUCAUCAAGGGAUUGGUUGGCUGGUUUAUGCAAACGGCGCUGCUUAAAGCGACAUUGCUUUCAUUAGGAAGUGGGGAAGCGCCACUACUGGACAUUAUAGCAUACGCGGGGUAUACUUUCGCGGGCAUAUCUUUGGCUGUUAUUGGAAAAAUAAUCUCCGGUUACUCGUAUUACGUUCUGAUGCCAUGGACCUGCUUAUGCAUGGGAGUAUUCUUAGUUAAAACAAUGAAAAGAGUCCUUUUUGCAGAAGUGAGGAGUUAUGAUUCAAGUAAACACCAUUAUCUCUUGCUGUUUAUUGCUUUUGCUCAGUUCCCAUUGUUCAUAUGGCUUGGAAACAUUACUGUCAAUUGGUUUAUAUGA